AUGCGCCUCACAACCAUCCUCACCAUCGCCGCUCUCGCUCUCACCAAGCAAGUCACAGCCACAAUCUGCACAGGCACAUCCACCUUCACCUCAGGAAACCUCAAAGGCACCUCCUACGAUGUAGCCUGGAUCGACGGCGAAGACGCUUGCCAAUGGACUUUCAUCGCAAACGCCAACGACAACCCCUGUGGCAGAAAGUUUACUCUGCCCAAUGGCUACACAUACUAUCUUGGAGAUUGUGGUGAUGCUAAUUUUGCAUUGUAUAAUGGGGAUGGCAGUUAUAACCAUAUUGCUGUGUAUGAUCCUGAUUACGAGAAGGAUGAUUGUGUCAACAACAAUGGUCAGUAUAAGGUUGUCAAGACCUGGCAAUUCUGA